UUUUGUUCAAGUCUCCUUGCUUGACCUCGGUGACAGAGUUAUUUUGCACCUGUCCUCCGGUUUUGUUUUCCUUUUCCUUUCAAACAGGCAGAUUUAUUCUACAUUUGUGAAAAAUCUUCAAAAUUCAUUAAUCAUUAAUAACUGUAAGAUUGCUAACGCUUGAUAAAAAUGCUUUUUAUGUUUAAAUCUAAUGCAGUAAAUUUCAAUCAGGAACAGGCAUUCAAAAUAUUAAUUAGGAACUGUGACAUACCUGUCGUUGAUCUAGUUGUUGCGCCUACGCAGCACCUUCUUAUUCACGGCUCAUCACACUUAAUGAUUUUUACGCCCCACCUUACAAAUACACUACAUUUUUAUAUCUAUACUCUUUUUUUCAUAGGAACACGAGCCUCAAAAUUGGUCAAAAGUUAAGAACAAAUUAAGAACAAGCCGAAGCUGAGCUCCUGUAAAAUGUAAUUUUGAAGAACGUUUUAUCUCAAAGACGAUGGUUUUUAGCUAUGAGUGGUCGCACUGCGUACACCCUAUUAAAUUAAGAACAAAUUAAGAACAAUCCAGCCUUAGGUUCUCGUAAAAACCAAGAACAGUCAGCCUGAACUUAAAUUUACUGGUUCUUAUAAAAAAAAGCGCAUUCUAUAUUGAUUUAGACAGGGGUUCGAUUGUGUUCCAAAUCUCCCUGAUAGCAGACAAACCACUGUAAUUUUUAGGUUUAAAUUUGGAUGCUGAAUAAAUUCAUGACAUUUUUAAUCUUUGUUAAGAGUUAAGGAAUGGAAAACAUGAAUGAUAUCAUUUCGUUUUGUUAGAGGCUGAUAGCUACACCCCCUGAAAACAGUCAGUUGGAUAAUGGCUUUUAGAUUCAUUUUUAUGGCUGGAUUGACUAAAUGUCUCGGGAUUGAUAUUUAACAGAAUUAAGAAUGACAGCAUAGAAUAUUCUGUCACCAAAAUCCCUUGAGUUAAUUGUGUUGGUCAAAAGGGUACUGACUUGUGAGCCAUGUUAAGAUAGGAUCUGAAGAUGACAUUGUGCUUUGAUUCUUUGGAUUUACAUCAAGUACCAGAAAGUCUGGUGCCAACAAUUUCAGUGGAUUAAUUCUCAUUGAAAAACGUUUCGUUGAAUUUUUAUGAAAUUAUGGAGCAAAACGAAAGUUUUGGCGAAUAACAGAAUGUAACAAUUUGUAUUAGAAGUUUCAAUCAUCAUCAAAAUCUUGAGUGCUAUAAUAAAGUUCCUGAAAAUCUAGAAUACGGAACUGUGCCCAAUGAAUAGUAUUUUGAAAGUAGCGAUAGUCCAAAAAAUAAAAAGAGCCUUAUUUAGAAGAGGUCUUAAAAAGGGUAUAUCUUUUCAGACUCAAUUUCUCCUGACCAGUGAACUCUGAUCUGCAUUAUCAGUGAAUAUUAUGGUUGAUCAAUAUAAAGUUUUUUGCACAUAUCGAGCGAAAUAAGCAAGUUUUCGCUGAGCAGGGCUUAAUAAGCUUCGAUCAACGAGAACUCAUUGGUUUUUAUAAAUCCAAUUUCAAUGUCAAAGACAAAUAUAAAGAGCUGAUGCAUUUCUAUGCUAUGCACUUCAAUUCCAAACUGUACUUAAACGUGUGACAAACUUUGAAUCAAAAUUCAAUUUACGAAAACACUAAAUGAAAACAGAGACACGGGAUUUCCAGAUUAAAAAUUAUUUUAGAAAGGUCUUGUUCUGAUAUAUUUGUAAAUGACGAAAUUUAAAUUGAGCUACAAUUUUUAAGUUUGUAGUCCCCCAAGGUUGCGUACUUGAGCCUGUGAUAUUUUAUACCAUAGAGCGUUACCAUCUAAAUUCUCGCUGUGUUUUGGCUCUUUGACCCAAAUCAAUUCCUUGCAGAAUUAGCGUCCUUCAGUCCAGUUACCACAACUUUUCGAGACAACUCACAACUGCUAUAGUAGCAAAAUUAAUGAUCCAUAUCUAAUUGUUAUUGUUACUAAUUAAGCUCAAAUUCAAAGGACUGGCUACGCUUUAUAAGCAAACCUGCUGGCACAACAAACUAUGUCUGAAGUAAAGCUUUGCUUAAUAGUCAAAUUAGCUCGAAAGAUAUGGAAUUUGAUUUUUCAGCCGAUCGAAAAUUGAAAAGACUUACUGUGACGCGAGGACAGAAUAUUCUGCGUCUGAUUUCUCGUCAUCAACCAAAGAGUAAUAUCAGGACACAGAUCAGUAAAACUAAAGCUAUUCAAGUAGAUCCAAUGCGAAGUAUUCGUCUCUGCGGGUAGAAUAAUUUCAACAACGAGUGUGCUGAGAGCCCCUCAGACAUUUGACCUGUUCUUAAUUGACUGGUCUAUGCUACACGAUUUGGUAAUCACAUUCAUGCUGUCAGCCUACUACAGCCUUUAUCACUUUUAAAGUUUUGUCAAAUUUUCCUAAUUUCCCUAACGGAAUAUUUACUCCCAUGUGUUUUGUGGGAUGUUUUUUAUCAUUAUAGAACGCAAUUAAUAACGUAAUUGAUUUUGGUUUGCAUCAUUUUAACAAGUUGGAAGAAAAAGCAAACAAGCACAGGGGCGCCUACACAGGGGGCUGGAGUAGCCUGCGCGCAGACUCAACUGGUUGUCCAUUUAUGUAUGGAUAAUUUUGUCAACAUUUUCUCUAUGUUUAGAUUUCACUUGCUUUUUGUAUACGUAGGUAUUUUGUAUAUUAUGUAAAUUAUUAGGAUAUCCCCCUUGUGCACGCGAGAGAUGAUCCGAAGACUGAAACUUCAAAGAAUGACGGUUUCUUGCGAGCGGCUAUACUUUUCCUUUCCAUUUCCAUCUUAUAACCUCCCAAAGCUAAACUUUAAUCUAAACAGCUGACAUAAACAACGACGGUUCUCCGCGAACUCUAAUAUUACCAAUCCAAUGAAAUAUAUAACGAAGCCCAGCGCAGUCUUUAUCAAGCACUGACUGUCCUAAAUGCAAACUGGGCCGCAAGAGCUUUUCGCAAGCAUCUUGGGCGAAACGGUUAGCUUCCUUCUGAUGUUUAGCCUUUCAUGUCUAUACCUUCCGAAUUUCUCUCCGAACCUCCUUGAAUCUAACUAAGUACGUAUCUUUAUAUGUACAAGGAAAAUACCAGAAAAGCACAACUAAGCAUAAAAUGUUACCCAAUGUAACUAAUGACUACGCAAGAUGAUGUAAUCCUAAUGAGGGGUAAUCCUACGGAAAGGAAAAGUAAAGCCGCUCGCAAGAAACCGUCACUCUUUAAAGUAUUGGGCAGUAACCAUUGGCGCUUGGGCAGUAACCAUAUAACUUUCCCAAUAGGCCCGUCUCUAGAUGUUGUGCUCAAGUAUAAGAUUUGGGUUUAAAACUAUGAGUUUGCGCAUGAAACGGUAAAAUCGUACGAAACCCAUAUUCCUUGUCGUUCGUUAUUCACCACGUUCCAGACUGUAAAGUGUUUUCUCUGCGCUGGAAACGCCAGAACAAUAAUUUCGAAAUUUGCGGAUAACGAACGUUUUCCGCGAAGUCGUGCGCAGAAUUGAAGCAAAGGCUUUCGAAGACACCUUGUAUUCUUUGUUUUUUCUUGUUAUCAGAAGUAAGAAGUUUAAAUGGUGGAAUAUUCGCGGGGAAAAUGACCAGAUAAACAAAUACUGUGCGUAUUGUUGUGUGGGCGGAAUGAAGGACAAAACGUGAUCCAUGCGCAGACCAAACUUUUCAGCCUGGACCAGGUUCUCAUGAUAUUAAACAUGGCACGUUGGAAUUUUUUCAUAGCUUUUGCAACAAAUAUAUUCCAUUUUAAUUCUUUGCUUCAUUUUCGACGACCACUCGCUGUUAAAAGAUUUCCGAAAAAAAGUUCUUGGAAAUGAAUUGAAAGUGAGGCAUUUCUUGAUCGAGGUUCUUAAUUGGAGCCUGAAAUAGGCGGUACGAAUUUCAGCACGAUGUUAAAAUUGAAAAUAUGAAAUUAAUAAAAUGAGUAUUUGUGCGAUUUGGAUAAUCACACUUGACCGAAAAGUUUCAAAUGCAAAGAAACUAGUAUUUACAAGAAAAUAUCCGAUUGUUUUGAAAAGGGCAAGAAGAGCUGGUCUUUUGCCAAGUUCGCCACUUCCUAGGGAUGAAGAGAUUGCAAAUGGCAUAUUGGAUGAACUUCAAGUGUACAGAACUAGUGAUGAGUUUGUGAAGCGCUUCGACUCAUGUCAGAUUCAGAAGCAGGCCCCUAUGUACAGUAUUAUAGGUGGCUCAAUUUGGCCCAUUGUUGCCAUAUCUAAGCAUGGCUUGGUGUUUGCUUGCCUUCCAUUUGUAAACAUUCCAAAUGCACAGAAAAGACAGCUGAGUUGCAUAGAAAUGGGCCCUGUAGCCAUUGGAUAUUCACUGCUUCAAAACAUUUCAGAUGUUGUUGGUCAAAAACAACCACCAUCUGGGAUAACUGAUGAUAAAAUUCAAGAACUGAGAGAUUAUUUGUUCAUAUGUAUGCCAUUUGGGACACCUACAGAAAUGGACCCAUCGACUGUUCGUGGUAUCAUAGCCUCAAAGGAUUCAUAUCUCUUGCCAAAAACAAAGGCUCCAGCCUGGAGACCAGUAUUUCAUAAAGGAAAACAGCAGAUCAGCAUUUCAAUUCAAGAAAAAGUUAGAUGUAUCCAGUAUGACAAUCCUGAACGGGCAGACUUAUGCGAAAUAUAUGGCACUGUUGUCUGCAAGGCAAGUUGUUUUUUUCUGUUUCUUGGAGGAUUUUCAGCUAUUAUUUGUAGCUUAAUUGAAGAAUUGAAGAUUUGAUUUUCCAAUCAAAAAGUAAUGCCUUGAUGUAUAAGGAAUUUGACAUCUUUGACAUUAAGAUAGGCGCCAGGCUACACAAAUUUUGAAUCAUCAAUUAGAAAUAAAAAAACAUACUCAUUAUUAUAUAAUAUUA